AUGUUAGACACCCUCGAGUUGUUUCCCACGUCGAAACACCUGCACGAUGACCUGACUUCCAACUCGUCCCUCCUCGCCUCCCUCCAGCCCUCCAAACCCGCCAACAAAUCCACAAGUGUCGUCAAGCGGGUAACACAGGUCCUGCGCAAAUGCCAGGAUGGCCUCGACGAUGCGGAGCGACACGCCAAACAGAAGAAGGAGGAGAGGAUACAUAUAUUGCGGCUGCUCAUGGAAAAUGCCGAGUCGAGACAAGUCUGGGAGGACGCCGCGCGAGAACUAGACAUCCUCGAGGGCAACGAGGCCUGGAAGAACGACCCUUCGACCGGCUACCUCAACGUGCCCCUCAUCGAGUCCUUCACCCAGCACCUACAAGAAGCCGCCGCCAAUUGCGACAUCCCGGCCAUGGUCCACUUCAUCCGCACCGCCCUCUCCAGAGACACGGGCGGCAUGGCCGACCCGGAGCUGUACGCCCACUCCCACCUGGGCACCAAGAAGCUCGUCGAGCGGUACGUCGAGUCGUCCGUCUACCUCAUCGAGGCCCUGCUGCGCCUCACGGCCAGCCCCAGUCGCAUGCCCGACGGCCUCACUGACCGCGACCUGCUCGACGUCAUGUACCUCGCCCGUACCAGCUUUGGCCGCAGCGCCCUCGUCCUCAGCGGCGGCGCCACCUUUGGCAUGGCCCACAUCGGCGUGCUCAAGGCCCUCUUUGACGCGCGCCUGCUGCCGCGCAUAAUCUCGGGCACGUCGGCGGGGUCCAUCGUCGCCGCCGUCGCCUGCGUCAAGACGGACGAGGAGCUACCUAUGGUCCUAAAGAAGUUCCCCUUUGGCGACCUGGCUGUGUUUCAAGCCCAGGACCGCGAAGACACGUGGGGCGAGCAGUUCCACCGGCUCAUGUCGGACCACUGCCUGCUGGACAACAAGCAUCUCGUGCGGGUCAUGAGCGAGUGGCUCGGCGACAUGACCUUCCAGGAGGCGCACCACCGGACGCGGAGGAUUCUCAACAUUACCGUGUCCCCCGCGUCGGAUUUCGAGGUGCCGUUGCUGCUCAACUACAUCACGGCGCCGAAUGUGGUCAUCUGGUCGGCUGUGACGGCAUCCUGCUCCGUCCCCUGUGUAUUUCCCGCCUCGGAACUGCUCAGGAAAGAUCCUAAGACGGGCAAGGUCGCUCCGUGGCACCCUUCACCUCGGCGCUGGAUUGAUGGGUCUAUGGACAGCGAUAUCCCCCUGUCCAGGAUAGCGGAGCUCUUUCAGGUCAACCACUUCAUCGUGUCACAGGCUAAUCCCCAUAUCGUACCCUUUGUGGAUGACGAUGACAGUCCGCAUACCGUCGACGAUCCGGAUGCUGGGCAACUAGCGCACGUUUCGGCCUUUGUUAAGAAUCAGCUCCGUCUAGGUCUUUCCCUUGGUGUGUUCGAAGCCGUCUGGUGGCUUGACACAGUUGUACGAACGGGUGUACUGCCCGACAUUGCAGGGCGGCUGAUCGGCAUGCUCAGCCAGAAAUACACAGGUGACAUCACCAUCCUGCCGCGCAUCGACCUGCGCAAAUGGGGCCACCGUCUCGUCAAGAACCCGACCGUCGAGUUCAUGCUCGAGGCCUGCCUCGUCGGCGAGCGGGCCACGUGGCCCAAGUUAGCUCGCAUCCGACACCGCUGCGCCGUGGAACUCGCCAUCGACCGCGCGAUCCUCGUACUGCAAGAGCGCGUCGCGUUCAGCAGCAGCCAGGUGAACCUGCGGAGGCUAGCUACCGGGUCCGCUGAGCUGGGCCUGACGAGGGAGAGCAUUCGGGCCGCGAGGCAGACGCCCGGUCUGGGCCAGGGCAGCGGGCACUUUUCGCACCGGCACCGCAGGGGCUCGGGAGGCAACAUCGAACUCGGCGCGCGGAGACAGAAGAACCUACAGGAGCUGGAGACGCUGCUUACCGAGGACGAGUCGGGCGUCGAGACGACGUUCCACCCCGCCAGCAUCGCCGCGCGUAGGGGCGCUCCGGAUCUCAACCUCGGCAGGUUGGCCGGCGGCGUUGGUGCCGGCGCGGGAUCGCAGUACACUAAGGGACACCCUAUCCGCCGCAACUCGAAGAGCCUGAGCACCCUGCCGCUGCGGCGCAUGAGUCCCGUGCAGACGUCCAAGAUCACCGCGGGGGUAGGUGCUUACGUCCCGACGGGCAUGAUGAACAUGACGCGCAUACGGCGGGAGUAUGACGACGAUGGUGAUGGCGAUGAGUACGACGACGAGUAUGAAGGGGAGGAGCUGGGUUUCUCGGACGAGGAGGAGGACGAGGUGUCGGACGCUGGGACCGAGUCACCUGUCCUGUCGAUGAAGUUCCGCCGGGGUAGGACGCCGCUUGAGGGGUUGCAGCUCGGGCACCACGAUGUCAUGGGGCAGGUGGGGCUGAGUCCGCCUGAGGCUGACGAUGGCCAGGUUGGCGGUCUGGGUUCCGGGAGUUACGGCGGGACCGUCACGUCUGACGAGGCGGCGAGGGAUGGGGAUGUGGAUGCAGGUGGGAUGACGAGCAAUGGGGAGGACGAUGGGGGUGGGUUCUCGUCGGAUCCGGAGCCGUAUUCUGGGGUUGGAGUUGGGGUUGAAAGUGGGAUGAUGGAGGAUCCGUUUGUUGAUUCGCCUGGGAGGCAGGGGACGGAUGUUGAGGGGUGA